UGACAUAUAUAUAUUUCUGAUACAGCUAACAUCAAGCACAUAUAAUUCUACAUAUCAUCAGAGACGUCUCUCUGCAAGAGAGGAAUAACACUUACUCAUACUCGUCUCUGCUACUGGUGUUACUGCAUCAUCAUUCAUUUUUCAUUAUAUCUGAAAGAAAAUGGUAUUUUUAACUGCGCAAUUAUUUAUAAGAAGUCGAGGUCCCGAUGAAUUCUGGCGAAAACGUCAAAUAUUUAAGCUCGCUGCGCAUUAUAUUGGAAGGAGAAGAAAUUGCUAUAGUAUAGCCAUUAGAAAUGUACACAGAGCAUUAUUAAAAUCUACAAUAGGAAGGCAGAUUAAAAAAGACGAUAUGAAAGAGCUUUGGGAAACCAGAAUAAAUUGUGCAGCAAAGGAACAUAAUAGUAAUGUAAAGGUUCUAUUGGAAGGAUUAAGCAGAUGUAAUAUUUUAUUAAAUCGUAAAUCUUUAUCAACAUUGGCUAUUUGGGAACCACGAACAUUUAAAUGUUUAUCGGAUAUUGCUUGUGCAAAAACAAAACUAGGAGGAUUUAAAAGAGUUGCUAAUAAAUCUGUGCCUGAAACUGUUAUAGUUAAAGGAUUAAUUGACGAACUGGAUUGAUAAAAUUAUUGCAAAAUAAAUAAUUAAACUUA